UGACAAGAUUCUAAUGGAAGAUCAUGAUCAACACCAUUGUAGAUAACAUGAUCGAGACUCUUAUAGAUAAUCAAUACAAUUUCUUGCACUUACAUAAAGGCAGUCAAGUGUGGAUGAACAGCAUUCAAUGCUUUCUUGAUCAAUCGGCAAAAUUUUUGCACCUGAGAUUGAUGGAAGGCGGGCGAAAGUUUUUGUCGACCCUUUUGGCGGUGCUGGAUCAGGGAGAAAUUGAGAGGGAUUUUCGAUUCACAGAUUCCAGAGGAGCUGCGGAAACAGAGUGGGUGUGUGUAUGAGGCCUCUGUAUUAUGAAGAAAUUGGAAUCCGAUGAGCACAGAAGCUUGCUUUUGUUUUCUUCGGCUGUUGGAAUCGGUUCUGCAGAAAAAUGUUUAAGCUCCAAUUCUAAUAUCAAGAAAUUUCUUGAGAGCACAAGUGGUGAAAUAAUGCAAGCACCAAGGGCGGAGAAUUUGCUUAGGGUUGCAGCAUCGUUAGGCAACGCAGAUAGGGCGGAGAAAUGGAUAGCUGGUCUCUCACCAGAGAGAAAAAAAAUGUCGAAGAUGUUGGCAAGACGCCUCCUGCAUUCAAGGAUAGUAGUCUUUGUUGACGAUCUUGAUCGUGGCCAAGAAAAUGUGAUUCUGCAGAUACUUUCAGGAGUGAAUCUGGUUUUGGCUGUUGGCAAGAUCAACGUAAUUUUUGGGAUGGACAAGAGAAUGAUGGAGGGGCGUGGUUUAUCUGGUGGUAAAAUUGUGAAUGCAUAACGUUUCUGUUAUGUAGACAGAAAAAUUGUAAAAUAGGUGCAGAAUGAUUGUGGGAUUCAAUAGAAAGCGCUGUGUGCACUGUUAUAUAAUACAAAGAUUACUUUGAUGUACAAAGAUUAUUUUGGUGUACAAUAUGAACGUUUUUGAAGCCAAAAUAGUUAAGGGAUGAUGGAGAGGGCAAUAAUAAAAAGGUAGGGUAACAAGAAGAGCAAUAAAAAGGUGCGCAUACCCCUAGUGAUGAAUUUAAUGUUGCCUUAUAUUUGACAAUGUCGUUUCGUCGAACAGACACGGUUCAACAAGAAUCGGUAAAAAUGAAACAGCAAGAAACAAUUGGGAAAUGAUUUGUGCAAUGUACGAUCACAUAAUUCUGAAUCUUUUAAAUUCAAAAUGAUUGUUUGCAAAAGUUUCGGGAAUUAAAGAAACAAAGUUUCAGAUAGCGGAUCCAAAUUAAAGAAACAAAGCUAGCAAACUGAUUGUUAGCAAAUGGUUAUGCUAACAAAGUUUUGGGAAUUAACGAUUUUGCUAUGUGUAUCUUUGUUUCGGGAAUUAAAGAAACAAAGAUUAUAGUACAAAGAUUCAGAUAGCAGUAUAUUGAUGAGAAGUGUCCAGCGAUCAAAAAAAAUAAGGAAGACACCAAUGAAGGAGUAUCUUUUCUUUUAUGUCUAGAUUUCUUUCUUAAGAGAUUUUUCAUAAGGGAAGAAAACGAAGGAGAUGAAGAAAACAAAGGAGAAAGCUUCCGAGAAUCAGAGGGUCAAUAGAAAUUGUAGAUGAGAUCUUGAGUUUCAGUUUUCAGUCAAAAUAGUUAUGGUUUGGUGUCAAGCAAAUUUAUAUGAAGAUUGUUGGA